UAUCUCAACUGUCAAAAUGGAGCUUGACAUCCAGUGUGAGGAGAUAAGCCCAUCCAGAUGGGCUGAACUUCUGUCCACAAUGAAAUCCUGCAAAACCAUCAGGCUGGAUGACUGCAAUCUCUCCAGCAGUAACUGUGAAGAGCUCUCCUCCGUCAUCAAUAAAAAUCCAUCCCUCACAGAGCUGAAGCUGAACAACAAUGAACUGGGAGAUGCAGGCGUUGAACACCUGUGUAAAGGGUUGCUGAUGCCAAGCUGUAGCCUGCAGAAAUUAUGGCUGCAGAACUGCAAUCUGACGAGCGCCAGCUGCGAGACUCUCCGCUCUGUCCUCAGCACACAGCCGUCCCUGACAGAGCUGCACGUGGGUGAUAACAAACUGGGAACUGCUGGAGUGAAGGUGCUGUGUCAAGGCAUGAUGAACCCCAACUGUAAGCUGCAGAAGCUACAGCUGGAGUAUUGCGAACUGACUGCUGAUGUUGUGGAACCUCUCAAUGCUGCUCUGCAAAGCAAGCCCACCCUGAAGGAGCUGAGCCUGAGUAACAACACGCUGGGAGAUACGGCUGUGAAGCAGCUCUGCUGGGGACUGGUGGGAGCAAGCUGCAACCUUGAGUUACUACACCUGGAGAACUGUGGCAUAACCAGCGAUAGCUGCCGGGAGAUCAGCGCUGUCCUCAGUAACAAGCCCUCACUGAUCGAUCUCUCCGUGGGGGAUAACAAGAUCGGGGACUCCGGUCUGGCUCUGCUCUGCCAAGGACUCAUGCACCCCAACUGCCAAAUCCAGAAGCUGUGGCUAUGGGACUGUGAUCUCACAAGUGCUAGCUGUAAAGAUCUCUCCAGACUCAUCAGUAUGAAAGAGACCCUCACAGAGAUCAGUCUGAUAGACAAUAACCUCAGAGACUCGGGGAUGGAAAUGCUGUGUCAGGCACUCAAGGAUCCCAAAUCUAAACUCCAGGAACUAUGGAUUAGGGAGUGUGGGCUCACAACUGCGUGCUGCAAGGCCGUCAGCUCUGCUCUCAGCGUGAACAAGCACUUGAAAGUGCUGCACAUGGGCGAGAACAAGUUGGGAGAUGCAGGUGUUGAACUGAUGCGUGAGGGGCUGCUGCACCCCAACUGCAACAUCCAGUCCCUAUGGCUGGGUAACUGCGAUCUCACGGCAGCCUGCUGUGCCACCCUUGCCACCAUCAUGGCCACCAAGCAGUGCCUUACUGAGCUGGACCUCAGCUACAACUCUCUGGAAGAUGAAGGCAUCAGGAAGAUCUGUGAAGCCUUGAGGAAUCCCAGCUGCAACGUGCAGCAGUUAAUUUUGUAUGACAUUUUCUGGAGUUCCGAAGUAGAUGAUGAACUGAGAGCCCUGGAAGAGUCCAGACCUGAAGUGAAGAUCAUUUCAUGAGUGGUGACUGCUUGCAGAGCAACAUCAAAGCAACAUCUUCUUCUUAAUCAGAACUUUUAAAUAUGUAAAGCUAAUUAACUGAAUAGAGAAUUUCCUUGUACCAAAACCGUUUGUGGAUUCCCUGAGUGGGUGUCCAGGGAGUUGAUCCACCUUCUCUGCAUCUCUGGAUGUACUGGCUCUGACGCUCAUGAAAGCGUUGCAGAUUUUCACUACAGCAUUACUAUCCUUGAAAUAAACACUUACUGGGCAUCUUCUAGAAGUGGGUCUCUACCCUUUAGGAGCUCUUUAAUCCUAUAAUCCCUUCUAAUGCAUUAGUCAGGCUUUAACGAAAGCUCCUUUCCAAAGGCAGGAGGAGAACUA